AUUUUCGGCGGGCUGCCGUGAUUGUUCAGCUCGACCCAAGUCAACGUAAUUUGACUCGUAUUAUCGUAAUUAACUCUGCAAGAUCGAAUUUCUGACAGUUAUUUUCGGUAUGUUGACUUGAUACGUCGAAAAAAACAUUUAAAAGUGCUAUCGAUAGAAAUUACUUUUUUAAGUCUGUGUUGAUAGUUACAUUCGUAAAAUAUUGGCGUCAUAGAAGAAAGGUCACCGAAAGGAGCCUUUGAGUAAUAAUCGCCGAAUUUCGACGCAAGAUCUUGCGCAUGAACUCUACGCCUCCCCUCCCAACCAUCUAUCAAUUUCUUAUCUCCUUGCCCCAAUCGCACGCGGCGUUGGGUCGCGACGAAGGCGAAUUGGCAUUAAUCGAAAAGGGAUUUUGCAAAAUAUUCAUGACAAGUUGUAUCUCGGAGCUUCUCGAGUUCGACGAAGAGACAAUUCCAAGUGCGAGGGAACACGAUGUCCGGGUUUCAACGAAUGACAAUAUUAUCGUGCAUCGCUGAAAGUGAGGAAAGUCCGAAAGAGAGUCAAGACGAAGCGUCUUCGAUGCUAGUGUCACCAAUCUCUGGAAUCGUUAACAAAUUGAUGAACUCGUCGCUUUCGGGAAGCUGUUCGAAACGUAGCAGAAACGAUGCUGAAGGGUGUCACGAUGCCUCUCCUUGCAAGCGCCCAGAUCGUCGCACCAACGACGGGCUUUUCAAAAAUGCCUUCAAAUUCAAAAGUACACCCGAAAGCACGGUGAAAUCCAGACCGAAGGCACGUCGACUUCUCGGCAUGGCGUCGCGACGCUGUACCAGUCCAGAGCCAGUGUCGCCAUCUGCUGACAAGGAGAACAGCUUUGUCUCUUGCAGCCCUCGCGCCAGCAGUCCUCAAAAGAUUGUCGGCGGAAAGAGAUGUCGUUAUCCGCUGGAGGACUACGACCCGAACAGUCAGGACAGCGGUUACGAAGCGAGCUAUCCCGAGAGGGACGGAAAGCCACGCGAUGGAUUUCAAUUCGUCGAGCCCCUGGCCGUUGCUCCCCGUCGUAUGUCAAUCGAACGCAGUCCUAUGGCAUCUCCGGUCAGAUCUUCGCCUCAGCGAACGCGCGCCGCUCGAUCGUCCCUCUUUCGUAGCGUUUCAUCUGGCUACGAGAGCAUGGACGACGGUUUCAACGAUCUGAUCGACAUGGAGGCUCUAGACGACACGACGCAAUUGCCCAAUGGCAUCUCGACCCUUCUCAGCGGCGAUAUCGUUGGCAACGUCACCCUGAUCGACGCCACCAGCCACAAGAUCGACACGAGCAGCCCCAGCACACCAGAAUUCCCUCGUACCAACCGAAACGGUAACUUCAGACGAUCCUUAUCGCUGCAGAACGAAAGACCAGAAAUACGCAAGAACUCGACGCUCUCGAAAGUACGUUCCUGCUUGUUUCGUUCUCCAAAAGCCUCACCCGAAGCGAGUCCAAGUCUCGAGGACAGCCCGUUCUCGAGAACAACGGUGUCCACGAUUCGUCGUCAACGGAUCUACCGCGACGAGAAUGCUACUAGCAGCACCGACUUCGAUUCACCGUUAUCCGUCAGGACGUUCAAACGACCCGAUCCACCCAUGGACGAUAGUCCAAAACUAGUCAAGAGGUCGCGAAGAUCGAGCACCAGCUUUCUGGACGCGAUCAGGGAGUGCACCAGCACCGAUACACCAGCCUUGAAUCCAAGGAUCGCACCCGUACCUUUGCAGAGAAGCUUGUCUGAAACGGCCACCACGAUGACAAAGACGGAAGCGCACGCACUGAUCAAGUCGGCUAUCCAUCGCAGCAUCACCGACGCAGACCUGACGGGUGACUUCAGCAAACCCUGCGUUCUUCCGUUGGCUACUGGCCAACACGAAGACCUGAAGUCGAUAUCCACAGAAACCUUGGCUGCUCUCAUUCGCGGAGAUUUCAGGGAUCGUAUCGGUACGUUUCAGAUAGUCGACUGUCGUUACCCUUACGAGUACGACGCUGGACACAUUCAAGGCGCGCAGAAUCUGUACAGCAAGGACUUGAUCGAGAGAAUCCUGCUGGAUCCUAUCACCAGCACACCAGCAAUCGAACCUGAUUCGAACAAAAGAAACAUCUUGGUGUUCCAUUGCGAAUUCUCGUGGGAGCGUGGACCAAACCUAUCGCGAUUCCUGCGAAACUUGGAUCGACAACGAAACAAGGAACACUAUCCUGCUCUGCAUUACCCAGAGGUUUACCUGUUGCACGGUGGUUACGAGCAAUUUUACAGGGAACAGAAAACGCUGUGCACGCCGCAGGGUUACAGGCCCAUGAGACAUCCCGACAACGAGGCGGAUCUCAGACAGUUCCGAAGCAAAAGCAAAAGCUGGCAAGGUGAAAAACUCAGAAUCACGGGUACCGUGACACGGUCCAACUUGAAGCGUUUAGGUUUUUAAUUCUCGUCAAGUUUCGCGUCAUUUCUUGUCAGCUUUCGUUCUAUAUCUUCACGAUUCGGUGAUCGAAGCGUAUCGAAACGCGUAAACGUGCAAAUCACGAAUAGACGACGGUCGGGAGGCGUUUUUUAUACUUGUGUUGGUCGUAGAGAUGUUCGAUUCUUGUAACAAUAUCUAUUCUGUAAUCGAUUUUCAAGCAAAGUGACUAGAAUCGUUUCGCUAAAGAAUCAAGUUUAACAAAAUUAAUUCGCAAAAUCGUUGCUACCUAUAGCUAGCGUAUAAUUACCUAUUGUCCUGUUUAGAAAGUUUACGACCUAGAUUAGGCUCACGCUAGUGCAUACUGUUACUCGGUACACCGUAGCCUUGUUGAGCAUAGUAAGUAAACAAUCAACAACACUGUUAAUAGGUUUUAGUAGACACUGAAAUUGAGGUCUACGGAAAGAGCCUUGAGGAUGAAUUAAUUUUUUAAUUUAAUCGUAAUAUGUUGGCGUAUAUGUAUAUGGCCAAGAAUUAAUUUCUUCUUUGAAACAAAAUCAAAUUCAUGCAAUAAUGCUACGUACUUUCAAAAAUUGAUUGCGUAUGUCCAGUGAGGCAGACGGUAGAAGCUCCAGUCAAAAUUUUUGCUUCUACCGCGAUUCUUAACUGAAAUAAUCGACUCAAAAUAGUGGCUUCGUGAAAGAUCGAUUUUCUAGAAAAAAUUUCUUUCUAGAUCUUCUACAUUCGGUGUCGAACAUUUCUAGUUGCUCUCUAGCACUCGUGCGUACGUUCUCGUACCUUUGUAUUGUAAAUAGCUUGUCUGGCACUAGUACGCUUACUCUCUUAGUGAAUUAAUUCUAGUACAAGGAAACGAAAAGCGCUUAUUUUCAUCGACGAACGACGCGACGGCAUCGUUAAAAGUUGCGCGCGGACGCGAUGCGCGAAAUAACAUUUAAUCUUGUAUAAAAGUAUCGUCAAAUAAUUUUCGCUGUUCGCGCGCAACAAACGUAACGGCGAUGAAUGAUCAGACAUGAGCAAAAUUGUAUUCGAAUAAUAGAUGACGAAUAAGACGAACGUAUGUAGCUAUUCAUUCGAUCUAGCAAUUAAACUUUUCUUUUCGUUCCAAGUGAGAUAGAUUUUCUAUGAUACAAGUUUUUAUUUUUAUUCAAAAAGAAAAAACGAUUCGAAAAUCUUUCGUUAUUCGAAAUUGUUAUCCAGAUAAGAAUUUUGUUCAUCUCUGUGGAGGAUGGAGGUGAAGCGAGCACGUAUAAGAUCGCAAAAGGAGGCCAAUCGGUACAAAUAGUAAUCUACUCUUGGGCAGGCUUCCCAUUCUAUGCAUUGUACAGCCAAACUCUGCAGAUUUUUGUGAUCUUAUUAAUGUUUGUGCCCCACUUGCUAUGUACGCAAAAUCUGCCGCGUGAAAUUCCAUUAUUCGCAACUUCGUCGCCGUUUUCGAGGCACUGCAUCGCCAAAGUUUAGCGUGUCUGCGCACACGCGUAGAGAAAAUAUUUUUGGACAGUUUAUAUUAAGUAAGACGCGGGGAAAUCAUUUAUAAAGAGAGAAUUAAAAUUAUUUGAUAUGUGCAAAUUUCAUCUUAUGUAUGUCUGUACGAAUGAAGGAAUGAAUGGAUAGAUGGAUGGAGGAUUGGAUGGAUGAUGUAUCAACGCAUACACAUAUGUAUUAUAAAAAUGAUCAUUCGUUAUAUAUGUCCUUAGUCUAUAAUAUACUUUUCGUACAGUUGAAACUGAUGCGUGUUUAUUGUUU